GAGGCCAUCUCGCCUCUGCUCGCCGCCCGGCCUGCGCGUCUCCGGCACAGAGGUCUCAUUCAGACCGCGCGCUGCCCUUGCUCUUCCCACCACGGGGCUGCUUGCCAUCGCCGACCCCCACGGCCACGGGCGACCCCGACCGCGGAUUGCCUGCCCCAGGGCCGUGUCCCGGGCGCGGGUCGGGGGUGGGGGGUGGUCCUCGCAUUCCUUCGGAGACGCGAGCCGAGCUGGGGGUGGGAGAAAGCCGAGGAGCUGGAACGGAAUCCAUCCUCCCCGCUCGCUCGCUCGCACCUGGUAGGGUCUCCGAGGAAGAUCCGGGUGCGUAAAAGGAACAGUCCGCCGACGCAGCUUCUCCGCGGCUAAGGUACGUUCUGGACCUGCUCCCCGGGACCAGUUGGAAUGGCUCUGGAGGUCUCCGGGCGCCCCCACGCCUUCCGGGGUGCAGAUGAGAUUACAUGGCGAGGCUCCGUUGAGACGUCGUCGUAGUGUGGAGUCUAGCGCCUGUGGUGGCUUCCACCUCGGAUUCCUUCAGAGGGAACAGUGUGCUGACAUGGGGAAGAGACCCAGCGGACUCCCGCGGAGCCGUUCUUGAAGGCACCUUCUUCAAGGAGCCCCGCGUGAUGGCCGCCGGCGCAGCCCUGGAGUCGUCGUGAGGAACCGGCGCCCUUGGCCGACGUCGUCUGGGGUCACCGCCUCCGGGGAGCCUCGCGCACACGGGCUGGGAUUUGCCUGCCGUCCGGCCAUGGGCCGCUCCGAAAGCUGCCGGGCCUGCGCUGGACGCUGACCUCCGUGUAUGAGCCCUCGGCGGGGCUCGCCGGCCAGCCCGUCGCCUCUGCUGGGUCCCCGGCCCCCCCAGGCCCGGCCGUCCCGCCUGCCCUGCGGCGGCCGUCCCGGCCGGAGUCGCUCGCUCGGACUCGCGUGUCGCCGGCGCCCGCGGAUGUCGCAGUGAACAAUGCCGGGGCCCACGGGACGGUCGUGGCGUGCCCUGCGCUGCUCCCCCCCGGUCUGCGUCCUCCUGCUGGGGCUCGCGGCCCUGGCCCUGAGGGUCGCGCCCGCGGACGGGCAGGCCCAGCACCCCGUGGUCAACACCAACUACGGCAAAAUCCGAGGCCUAAGAACACCCUUGCCCAAUGAGAUUUUGGGCCCCGUGGAGCAGUACCUGGGGGUCCCGUACGCCUCGCCCCCCACGGGCGAGAGGCGGUUCCAGCCCCCCGAGCCGCCCUCCUCCUGGACCGGGGUGCGCAACGCCACCCAGUUCGCCGCCGUGUGCCCCCAGCACCUGGACGAGAGGUCGCUGUUGCACGACAUGCUCCCCGUCUGGUUCACCGCCAACCUGGAUACGCUGAUGACCUAUGUGCAAGACCAGAACGAGGACUGCCUGUACCUCAACAUCUACGUGCCCACGGAGGACGGAGCCAACACAAAGAAACACACAGAUGAGAUUACCAGUAAUGACGGAGGUGGCGACGAAGACAUCCACGACCAGAGCAGCAAGAAGCCCGUGAUGGUGUACAUCCAUGGCGGCUCCUACAUGGAGGGCACCGGCAACAUCAUCGACGGCAGCAUCCUGGCCAGCUACGGCAACGUGAUCGUCAUCACCGUGAACUACCGGCUGGGCAUCCUGGGGUUCCUGAGCACCGGCGACCAGGCGGCCAAGGGCAACUACGGGCUCCUGGACCAGAUCCAGGCCCUGCGGUGGAUCGAGGAGAACGUCGGGGCCUUCGGCGGGGACCCCAAGCGCGUGACCAUCUUCGGCUCGGGCGCGGGGGCCUCCUGUGUCAGCCUGCUCACCCUGUCCCACUACUCAGAAGGCCUGUUCCAGAAAGCCAUCAUCCAGAGCGGGACGGCGCUAUCCAGCUGGGCCGUGAACUACCAGCCGGCCAAGUACACCCGGAUCUUGGCCGACAAGGUGGGCUGCAACAUGCUGGACACCACGGACCUGGUGGAGUGCCUGCGCGGCAAGAGCCACAAGGAGCUCAUCCAGCAGACCAUCACGCCGGCCACCUACCACAUCUCCUUCGGGCCCGUCAUCGACGGGGACGUCAUCCCCGACGACCCCCAGAUCCUCAUGGAGCAGGGCGAGUUCCUCAACUACGACAUCAUGCUGGGCGUCAACCAGGGCGAGGGCCUCAAGUUCGUGGACGGCAUCGUGGACAACGAGGACGGCGUGACGCCCAACGACUUCGACUUCUCCGUGUCCAACUUCGUGGACAACCUGUACGGCUACCCUGAGGGCAAGGACACGCUGCGGGAGACCAUCAAGUUCAUGUACACGGACUGGGCGGACAAGGAGAACCCCGAGACGCGCCGCAAGACCCUGGUGGCCCUCUUCACCGACCACCAGUGGGUGGCCCCCGCCGUGGCCACCGCCGACCUGCACGCCCAGUACGGCUCGCCCACCUACUUCUACGCCUUCUACCACCACUGCCAGAGCGAGAUGAAGCCCAGCUGGGCGGACUCGGCCCACGGCGACGAGGUGCCCUACGUCUUCGGCAUCCCCAUGAUCGGCCCCACGGAGCUGUUCAGCUGCAACUUCUCCAAGAAUGACGUGAUGCUCAGCGCCGUGGUCAUGACCUACUGGACGAACUUCGCCAAAACUGGGGACCCCAACCAGCCCGUGCCCCAGGACACCAAGUUCAUCCACACCAAACCCAACCGCUUCGAGGAGGUGGCCUGGUCGAAGUACAACCCCAAGGACCAGCUCUACCUGCACAUCGGCCUCAAGCCGCGCGUGCGCGACCACUACCGCGCCACCAAGGUGGCCUUCUGGCUGGAGCUGGUGCCCCACCUGCACAACCUCAACGAGAUCUUCCAGUACGUCUCCACCACCACCAAGGUGCCCCCGCCCGACCUGACGUCCUUCCCCUACGGCACGCGGCGCUCCCCCGCCAAGAUCUGGCCCACCACCAAGCGCCCGGCCAUCACGCCCGCCAACCACCCGAAGCACUCCAAGGACCCGCACAAGACGGGGCCCGAGGACACCACGGUCCUCAUCGAGACCAAGCGGGAUUACUCCACCGAGCUGAGCGUCACCAUCGCCGUGGGCGCGUCGCUGCUGUUCCUCAACAUCCUGGCCUUCGCCGCCCUCUACUACAAGAAGGACAAGCGGCGCCACGAAACGCACCGGCGCCCCAGCCCGCAGCGCAACACCACCAACGACAUCGCGCACAUCCAGAACGAGGAGAUCAUGUCGCUGCAGAUGAAGCAGCUGGAGCACGACCACGAGUGCGAGUCGCUGCAGGCGCACGACACGCUGCGCCUCACCUGCCCGCCCGACUACACGCUCACGCUGCGCCGCUCGCCGGACGACAUCCCGCUCAUGACGCCCAACACCAUCACCAUGAUCCCCAACACACUGACGGGCGUGCAGCCGCUGCACACUUUCAACACCUUCGGCGGCGGGCAGAACAGUACCAAUUUGCCGCACGGGCACUCCACCACCCGAGUAUAG